GCUCCAAUACCACCCCAGACCUCCGCGCACCCCGGGCGCUUUGUGCGGGGCCGGAGGUGGAGGCGCAGGCCGCCAUGGCGGUGCGCGCGGCCCUGUUCGACCUGUACGGGGUCCUGGCGCUGCCCUCGCUGGCCAGCGCCUUCAGCCGCGCGGAGGAGGAGUUGGCGCUGCCCAGAGGCUUUCUGAAUGAAGCUUUCCAGAAAGGAGGCCCAGAUGGUCCCAGUGCCCGCCUCAUGAGGGGAGAGAUCACGUAUUCCCAGUGGGUGCCACUCAUGGAAGAAGACUGCAGGAAGUGUUCUCAGGACUCUGGAAUCCGCCUCCCUGAGAAUUUCUCUGUAAGUCAAAUCUUUGGCAAGGCGGCUGCAACAAAGAUCAACCACCCCAUGCUUCAGGCGGCUCUUGCUCUCAGAAAGCAGGGAUAUACAACCUGCCUCCUCACCAACAACUGGCUGGAUGACAGUGCUCAGAGGGGCAUCCUGGCCCAGCUGGUGUGUCAGCUGAGGCCACACUUUGACUUCCUGAUAGAGUCAUGCAGGAUCAGAAUGGCCAAGCCUGACCCUCGGAUCUACAAGUUUGUACUGGACACCUUGAACGCCAGCCCCAAUGAGGUUGUAUUCUUGGAUGACAUCGGGGCUAAUCUGGAGCCAGCUCGCGACUUGGGGAUGGUCACCAUUCUCGUCCGUGACACAGACACAGCCCUGAGGGAACUGGAGAAAGUAACUGGGGUGCAGCUUCUCCAAGUUGCCACCGCUCUGCCAAUCGCAUGCAAUCCGAGGGACGUGAGCCACGGCUAUGUGCCAAUAAAGCCUGGGGUGCGUAUGCAUUUUGUGGAGCUGGGCUCCGGUCCUGCCGUGUGCCUGUGCCAUGGAUUUCCGGAGAGCUGGUUCUCUUGGAGGUACCAGAUCCCUGCUCUGGCUCAGGCGGGUUUCCGGGUGCUAGCUCUGGAUAUGAAAGGCUAUGGAGAGUCAUCUGCUCCUCCUGAAAUAGAAGAAUAUUCCUUGGAAGUGUUAUGCAAGGAGAUGGUAACCUUCCUGGAUAAGUUGGGGAUCACUCAAGCAGUGUUCAUUGGCCACGACUGGGGAGGCAUGCUGGUGUGGAACAUGGCUCUCUUCUACCCGGAGAGAGUAAGGGCAGUGGCCAGUUUGAAUACUCCCUUCAUACCAGCUGAUCCCAGUGUACCUACGAUGGAGAAAAUCAAAGCCAAUCCUAUUUUUGAUUACCAGCUCUACUUCCAAGAACCAGGAGUGGCUGAGGCUGAACUGGAACAGAACCUCAGCCGGACUUUCAAAAGCUUCUUCAGAGCAAGUGAUGAGGCUUUUCUCUCCGUGAGCAGAGUCCGCGAAAUGGUACCCCCACAUGACGACCAUCCUUGUUCUCCCUCCUGGCUGUAUGUAAGUGAAGAGUCAGAGCCCAGAACCAUCUGGAGCUCAUCCCGCGGCUCCCAGAUCCAGCCCUGUUCCCACGGAACCUUGCCUUGCCAGAGGACUCUUUGUGAGAACCCCAGAGGAGCCCAGCCUCAGCCACAUCGUCACCGAGGAGGACAUCCAGUUCUAUGUGCAGCAGUUCAAGAAGUCUGGUUUCAGGGGUCCCCUAAACUGGUAUCGAAACGUGGAUGUAAACUGGAAGUGGGGCUGCACAGGUUCGGGACGAAAGAUCCUGAUUCCGGCUCUGAUGGUGACCGCGGAGAAGGACGUCGUGCUCACUCCGGAGAUGUCCAAGCAUAUGGAGGACUGGAUCCCCUACCUGAAAAGGGGACACAUUAUGGAUUGCGGACACUGGACACAGAUGGAGAAGCCCACCGAGUUGAAUCGGAUCCUCAUUGAGUGGCUGGAGACGGAUGCCAGGGACCCACCAGUGGUCUCGAAGCUUUAGGGCAUGGCGUGUGCCAGCCCCCCAGCAGGCCUGCAAGCCCUUCCUCGCUGGGCUUGGAACCCAGAGGAAGUCUUUCCGGCACCUCUUGUAACUGGCAGCAUCAUUCCAAGGGGGUUUACUCUGCAGAGUGGUUUCCUUUAAACGAAGAGAGUCAAAUCUGACAUAAUUUUAGAUACAGGAAAAAUCACAUCUGAUUCAUUCUCCAGGUAUAAAGGUGUUACUUUCUCUCUUAAGAGUGGCUUACAGUGUUCUAUAGGGGAUGACACGGGAUGGCCAGGGGUGAUUUCUCUUUGACUAACCAAUCACGGUUCGGCAGCAAAAUCCGUUAAUUUUGAAGCACAUCAGCUGAGAUUGGAACUCGUUGGUCUAAUAAAGCUCAAACAUUC